GGAUGACGGGUCUCGUUCAGCUGCAGUUGUGAUUCGCGUUGUGCUUCGACUUGUGCUCUGAUCCUCCCUCCUCUCCGCAGAUCGAGCCGCUGAUCAUCGAGAUGCAAGACCCUGGGAACGGGAUCAAGACGCAAACACAGAGGCUGAUGAUCACCACCAUUCCUCACGCCAUCACAGGGAGCGACGUGUUCGAGUGGCUGAUUCAACGCCUGCAGGUCACGGAGGAAGAAGGAACCUUGCUGGGAAAUCUACUCGUGAAGCUUGGCUACAUCUACCCAUUACAAGAGCCCAAGAACCUGUCCCUGAAGCCGGACAGCAGUCUGUACAGGUUCCAGACUCCGUACUUCUGGCCCAGUCAGGAAUGGCCCGCCGAGGACACAGACUACGCUAUCUAUUUGGCAAAGAAAAAUAUCCGUAAAAAAGGUGUGAUGGAGGAAUACGAGAAGGAAAACUACAACCUCCUGAACAAGAAGGUCAAUCACAAGUGGGAUUUUAUCAUCAUGCAAGCCAAGGAACAGUACAGGGCAGGCAAGGAACGCAAGAAAGCGGACAGGUUUGUCCUGGAUUGCCAGGAGAGGGCAUAUUGGCUGGUGCACAGGCCAGAGCCGGGCUGUCUGGACGCAAUGGACUACGGGAUUAAUCGCGCCACUGAUCCCAACACGAAUAAGAGAAAGACCCAUGAUUUUCACAGGAGAGAGAUCCUCUACUAUCAACAAGCCCUGGUGAGGUCCAGAGUGAAGUCCUCGGUGUCAUUAGGAGGGGUUCUGAAAUACUGUGAGCAGUAUUUCACCCACGACCCUAUCAUGUCAGGCUGCCUGCCCAAUAACCCUUGGAUUACCGAUGACACAACGCUUUGGGAACUCAAUGCUCCAAUGGUGGACAGCCCGACCAAGCUGCGGGUGGAGCGCUGGACAUUCGGCUUUGCCGAGCUGAUGAGAGAUCCCAUGGGACGCCUGAACUUCGAGCUCUUCCUGAAGAAGGAAUUCAGUGUGGAAAACCUGGCUUUCUGGGAAGCUUGUGAAGAAUUAAAGUAUGGAGAUCAGUCAAAGGUCAAGGAGAGAGCAGAGGAGGUUUACAAGACCUUCCUGGCACAAGGUGCAAGGCGUUGGAUAAAUAUUGAUGGCCAGACGAUGGAAAUCACCGUGAAGGGUCUGCAGUAUCCUCAUCGCUACGUGCUGGACGCUGCCCAGACACACAUCUACAUGCUGAUGAAAAAGGACUCGUACCCUCGUUUCCUGAGGUCCCCCAUUUACAAGGAUCUGCAAAAUGUGGCACUGGUUCCCGAAGAGACGAAACAAAAGAGGUGAGUGUUGCAUGGUCUCAUCUCUCCAGCUGGUUAGGGGAGAGGUGGGGUAUAGUGUGACGGCAGAAUCCAAGCCGAUUCCUUAACAGGGGAGGGAAGUUCAAUAGUUAUCGCUCAAAGGAGUUGAGGUGCAAACGUGGUUGAGGUAAUGCGUCCGUGACGUGGCGGAGAUGGGGCUGGUAAAGCUGGAGGGACAGCCCGAUUUUCGUGUCCACCUCCAUCCCUGGCCCGAUCCAUCCUCCCCACAGACUCCAUCACCCCAGUCCUCUGCUCGCCGGGCUCCACUGGAUCAUCAGACCAGGCAG